UAGAGAUGUAUUAUUAAAAUGAGUCAGUAUACUCAGAUUUCAAGAGAUAUACUCAAACUAAGGGUUGAACAACAACAACUAGAGAAGGACGAGAAGAUCUUGAGAGAACUUAUUUUAAAGAUAAGAAAUCAGCAAAACGCGGUUCAGGUUGAAAGAUUAGAAAUCCAAAUCCGGCAGCCCGCGGAGCUAACGGACGAUUAUCUGAAGGAACUGGCAACUGGAGCAACUAAAGAACCCGAACUGGGGAGCACAGAUAUCCUGGAGCAAAUGGUUAAAGGAAAUUUUGUCAUCGAAGCAGAAGAAAAUUUUAAAGUUUAGUUCUUUCUUUUGUGUUAUAUUUAGUUCAAGUUUCGACCGCCAAAAUGUCGUUGCUAAACAAGAAACUCGAGGAUUUGCAACAAAAUGUGAAGAAUAUACGGAACAUCUGUAUCCUAGCGCAUGUUGACCAUGGGAAAACAACAUUGGCCGAUAGUCUUGUGGCGGCCAAUGGGGUUAUAUCGGCUAAAUUGGCCGGUAAGUUGAGGUAUAUGGACAGCAGGAAGGAUGAGCAGGAGCGAGGAAUUACGAUGAAGUCGAGCGCUAUCUCCCUGUUCUAUCCCUGGCAGGAGAAGGAGUAUCUGAUCAACCUCAUGGAUUCUCCAGGGCAUGUUGAUUUCUCAUCCGAGGUCUGUACAGCAGUUCGUCUCUGCGACGGAGCCGUCAUAGUUGUUGAUAUAGUUGAAGGAGUUCAACCUCAGACCAAGGUUGUGCUCCAGCAGGCCUGGGAUCAAGGCAUGAAACCUAUCCUGGUCUUGAACAAGCUGGACAGGUUGAUCUUUGAGAUGAAACUGGACACGCGGGGGGCGUACGCUCAUAUCAAUCAAGUUUUGGAACAGGUGAAUGCUGUAAUGGGAGAAAUGUUUACGACCCAAGUGUUCUCCGACUCCAACCAAAAACCGGAGAUAACGGAGUUCAAGGAGGGGGAUACGUUCGACUGGAGCAGUGGUCUUGAAGAUGCAGACGACAGUCAGCUCUACUUUUCUCCAGCACAAGGAAACGUUAUUUUUGCCUCUGCAUCUGACGGCUGGGCAUUCUCCCUGGAAACCUUUGUUGAGAUCUACACAAAGAAACUUAACUUCAGUAAGACUGUUCUCAGGAAAACCUUGUGGGGGGAUUACUACAUGAACGUAAAGGAGAAGAAAAUACUUAAAGGAGCAAAUAUCAAGAAUAAGAAACCGCUGUUUGUCCAGUUAGUCCUGGAUAACAUCUGGGCGUUCUACCAAACCAUCCUGGAUGAUAAGGAUAAAGAAAGGUUGGAGAAAAUGAUCGGAACCCUGGGUUUAAAGAUUCUACCCCGGGAUAUGAGAAGUUCUGAUCCUAAAAUCCUUCUCACAGCUGUGAUGUCAACGUGGCUGCCGUUAGCAGUCUCCGUUCUAUCCAUGGUUUGUGAUAACCUUCCCUCCCCUGCAGAUAUAGGACUGGAAAGAUCUAAGAAGUUAAUGUGUCCUCAGACCAAAAAGUUUGAAAUUUUGCCGGAAGAAACGAAGAAACUACUCACCAGUUUUACCGCCUGUACCUCGAAUGAUUCAGAUCCGAAGAUAGUUUUUGUUUCCAAGAUGUUCCCUGUGAGUAAAUCUCAAAUGCCCGGAAACCGCGCGAAACCGUUGAGUGACGAAGAACUUGCGUCGCGACGUACAGCGGCCCGUGAGCGGCAUCAAGAACGCCAGCUCACGGCGGGGACCGAGGGAGCGGUUCAACUCACGGCAGACCAACUGAAAACAAUAGAACUAAACCAGGAGGAGGAGAAGAAACCUGAAGAUGAUAUAGAGUUUAUUGCGUUUGCCAGGAUAUUCAGUGGAACUCUGAAAGCCGGAGACGAGUUGUUCGUCCUUGGUCCUAAGUAUGAUCCAACGACUAGUGGCAAGUCUCUCGCUGAAGGAGACUUUCCCGAGCAUUGUCAUGCUAGUAAAGUUGUAGUUUCUGGAGUGUACAUGCUUUUAGGACGAGACCUAGAACACCUAGAGGUUGGAUAUGCUGGAAACAUAAUUGGGAUUUCUGGUCUGGCUAAUUCUGUGAUAAAAUCUGCUACUCUUUGCUCCAACCCCUGGUGUCCUCCUUUCGUGGAGCUUGUUCAAUCUACUUUCCCUAUUCUACGGGUUGCCGUGGAACCCGUUCGCUCUUCAGACAUGAAAGCAGUAGCUAAAGGACUCCAGCUGCUAAACCAAGCGGAUGCCCAUGUUGAGGUUCUUGUAAGCGAAGUUGGUGAACAUCUUCUCUUAACAGCUGGAGAGGUUCAUCUUCAGCGUUGCAUCCUAGAUCUAACAGAGAGCUACGCUAAGUGUGAGAUCAUGGUGUCGGAUCCAAUUGUACCUUUCAGGGAAACUAUUGUUCCCGUCCCGGAUACAGAUAUGGUAAACGAAGCUAUAGAGGGAGAGAAGAAAACUAAUAAAGACCUGAAUGAUGAGGGAGGUAUCGUGGAGCUAGAAACCCCUAACAAACAGAGCAGUUUUAAACUUCGCGCCUUUCCGCUCCCAGCCGGAUUCACUAAACUUCUUCAGGAGAACAUUUUUCUUAUUAAAGCUCUUGCCAGCAAAACUGAGCUCUCGUCUCAGUCUCAGGAGGACCUGGAGCUCUUCCAGGAGCAGCUAGCGACAGCAGCAAUGGAGGAUGAUUUUCUUACGGCUAACAUUAAGAACAUCAUUAGUUUUGGACCCAAAAGAACCGGACCAAAUAUAUUUAUUAACAGCGUCCCGUCGUUAGACACUGCAUCGGUUUGGGUUGAGCCACAGAGCAGGAAAAAAGGAGACGAAAGAUUAGAUCUUAUCAGCAGUUUAGUGAACGGUUUCCAGCUUGCCACCUUCGCUGGUCCUAUCUGUGAAGAACCAAUGAUGGGAGUCGGAUUUGUCCUUGAAUCCUGGGAACUCCAGGAGGAAGGGGAUACUGGCUGGGGACCACUUUCCGGUCAAAUCGUCUCCACUGUCAAGGAUGGUUGCAGAAGAUCAUUUCAAGCUCAACCUGUCAGAUUAAUGACAGCAAUGUAUACCUGUGAUAUUGCAGUUAAAGCAGAGGUUCUGGGAAAGAUGUACGGAGUCAUACACCGGAGACGAGGCCAAAUAGUGAGCGAAGAGAUGAUCGAAGGAUCGUCCACAUUCACGGUCACCGCUCACAUUCCUGUUAUUGAGAGUCUUAAUCUAGCUAACGAACUCAGGAAGCAGACGAGUGGUCUGGCAAUGCCUCAGCUUAUUUUCUCCCACUGGGAGAUCCUGGAUGUAGAUCCUUACUGGGAACCCAACACAGAGGAGGAGCUCACUCACUUCGGGGAGAAGGCGGACUCCGAGAACCCGGCCAGGGUCUACAUGAACGCCGUCAAGCGCAGAAAGGGUCUCAAGAUCGACGAGAAGUUGGUCGAGUUCGCGGAGAAGCAAAGAACGCUCACAAAAUCUAAAUAAUUUUUUUAAAUUUUAUUUUUAAUAUAUUUUUUUUAUUCUUUUA